AUGAGCCAGUGGCUCCACCUAAGGAGGACGAGGCUGAGCUGGACGAGGACGAGGGAGGGCAAUCCCUGUCAGAAAGGGUGGUCUUUCCGGAAGCGGACCUGGCGGACGAGGAGGAGGCAGAGCCAGCGGCUCCACCGAAUGAGGACGAGGCUGCGCCGGACGAGGAUGAGGGAGGGCAAUCCCUCUGGAGGGCAAUCCCUGUCAGAAAGGGUGGUCUUUCCGGAAGCGGACCUGGCGGACGAGGAGGAGGCAGAUCCAGCGGCUCCACCGAACGAGAACGAGGCUGCGCCGGACGAGGACGAGGGAGGGCAAUCCCUCUCCGAAAGGGUGGCUUUCCAGUCUCGUGGCCAUGCUACUGAAGAAAAGUCGCUCAAAUAG